CAAAUUGUUUUAUUUAUUUUGAGUGUAGAGAGGACUUUGGUUAUUUGUCUAUAAAUAAUGAACAAAAGAUGACUACAAGAUUUGUUGUAAUUAUGUAUCACAUUUAUUGAAGAUGAAAUCUACUUUUCAAUUCACUAAAACAAACACUGGUAGCAGUCACUUAGAAAAUCCGAUGUCCGCAGAAAAACUACAUACUUGUGGAGUUAUUUAUGAAACCGAAAUAUCAAGGGAAAAUAGUAAUCGAUUAACGGAAAAAUCUAAAAACGACUUUGAAACUACUUCAGGUAAACAUCAACAAAACGAGCCAAAAUCAUUAGAUUUUAAACAUGAAAGUAAAAACCUAUUAAUGACCAAUAGAAUUGAUGAAGGCAUUAUGAAACAGCAGUUACCCAGUAAUGUGGGACAGCAAAAUAAUCCACACAGUGAGAAAGAUGUUAAUAGUUGUGAAAACGUUAUGGAUAAUAACAAAGUUCUAAAACAAAAAUCAAAGCGAAAUGUAUCAUAUCACGAAAAUGUUGACACUAGAUCUGUGGACAAUUCAUCAAAUGCUGGAAGUAAAAAUUAUUACAGCAGCUCGUCAUCGACUAUGUCCUCCGUGACUGAAAGCUCUACAUCACAAAAUUACACAGACUCUGUAUCUCCUGAAGCUCACCUAUCAAAAUUGAAGAAAAUACACCGUAAAGCAUCAAGGCGUAAAAAACUAAAAUAUCUUAAAGGAAUAUUUUGCUUUUUAUCAGUAAGAAUUAUUCUAUUAUUUACUUUAAUCUUGAGUAUUUUAUUUCUUCUGGUUGGAUACCUAUUGCAUAUAAGGAAUAUUUUGAUAACUGGUUGCAUAUUGUCUUUGACAUCAGUUGGUUGUCUAGUUCAGUUGUGCUUCACUAAACGUACAAGUUCCAACAAAUUUAAUCCACAAUCCGUACCAUUUGCACUAGCUGCUGAAGAUCUUCCGAAUACAGAAAAUAAGACCUUAAUCCCAUCUUUGACAAUAGCAACAUCGAACCAGUUGAAGACUACAAGCACCAGCACUGUUGUUAAUGAAAUAGUUGUUAGUAGCACUAAUAACGACGGUAAUUUGUUAAAAGUUCCUGAAGAGUCAUCUGCUGUACAGUUAACUACAUCACCAAAUACACCCGUUGUCAUAGGCAUCGAUCACAUCCAAGCAAGACGUUUAAGUAUGGCAUUACAGCACUUGUCAAGAAAUUCCUUUCAACCCCAAGCAUUAUCCUCACAUAAGCACGAAACAACAAGUAUGCUAAAUAUGGCAAGACGUUUAACAAUGGCUAGUUCAGCCAUUGCUUUGGGCAGUGCUGAUCGUGAUUACUACGGUCAUUCGUCAUGGUUAACUGGAUCUAGAGUUCGACAUGGUGUAAGACGUAGUUUAGCAUGGAAUGAGUCUGGUGCAACUCGAUUUUAUGAACAUUGUUAUGACUGAUAAAUCAACGAAUACAUAAAAACUGUCGAACUUCUUUAGAUUACUUUUAAACUUUUGCAAUAAUAAUUUUUUUAUUGUCAUUCAGUUUAAAAAAAUAUUGUAUCACAAUUUACUUUGGAAAUUGACUUACAGGCAUUUUUCUGUAAGAUAAUUUGUGACGGAAUUUUUUUUAGUUCACGUCUAGGAUAUACAAAAGAAACAAAUAUAUACUAGGAUACUCAUCAAGUCAUUUAGGCCUUGAACUAUAACAUCAUCGUUCAUUUUACUAUGGUUUAUUACAUGUUUGCUGUUCAUGAACUUAACCCUACUUCGUUAGGUAAUUAUUACCUUUGGAAUCAGCCCAUGUAACAGAACUGGAUGAAUUCCUACACAAUAAUCUAAAGUUAAUAAGCUCCCCAAGAGAUUUUAAUUCCCAAGGCUCGAACCCUGCCAUGGAUUCAAAGCUCUGAGAAGGCCUAUAUCAGGAUAAAACAGCUGUCUAGUCCUCCAUAGUUUUCAAUAGUGUCCUAAUUAAUGUCAGUUCAUGACGAAAUUCACCUAAAUAUUACGUUUUAUUAUCAACCAAGAUUUUACUAUCAUACAUUAUUUUUAAUUUUAUUUCAAAAGUAGUGGCUUUAGGCACUGAUGAUUUCUGUUUAAAACGGCCAUAUAACCUAAUUGAAAUACUCAACAUAAACUUAUAGAAGUACGGAAAGAUCCACCAUAAGUUUGUCCAGCAAUUUUUGUUUAGAGUUUACAAAAAUGUCUAUGUUGCAAACAAUAUAGAAAUAUAACCUCAUUAAAAUCAAACUAUAACGAAAUAUAAAUUUAUUUAGUAGUAAAAUCAACAUUGUAAAAUAUGAAUAUCAGUUGCUCAGUAUGUAAAAACACUGUUCACUUAACCGAUGGUACUGAUCUUUUUGAAAGAGUUGGGAAAUCUGUUUAUUUAUUUUCCGAAUUAACAAUUAUACUAUAACAAUCUUAUUCCCAACAUGUUAUAUAUAAUUGUAAACCGUUAAUGCUCCCAAAAUCAUAUUUAUAUAACACGUACGUGUACUGAAAUAUCACCUACAUUUAAUUAGUUAUGUUAAAGAAUAUGCACUGAAUACCGGGAAUAAUAGCUCAGAACAACUGCAUUUAUCAAUGUUUUUUAUACUUCAACGGGGUAGGAGCGAUUUAUUGAAUAUUUGUCUGCUCAUUCAGAACACUAGCGGAGUUUGAUUUCCAAAAUGUUGCCAAGUCAUUGAAAUAAAAUUAGAAUUUAUUUGGACUAUAAUCUGAAUUUUCUCAUUUUGGUGUGUCUGAAUAGCUUAACAGCAUAUUCUCAAGCGUAAAACAAAGAAACAAUAUAAGAUUUUCAUAAGUUGACAUUACCAUGCAAUUUACAAACAAGCUUCUGUAUUUAUUCUUGUUUGUAACUGGUACCAUACAAGAAAAUUAAAAACAG